AUGGAUGAGUUGCUAAAUGUUACCUAUAUAACAAUCGAUGGUUAUGUGGAAAUUAAUAAAUACAGAUAUGUUUAUUUUUAUUGUAUGUUUAUAGUAUAUAUUCUAAUAAUCUGCAGUAAUUCUACUAUUGUGUAUCUCAUUUGUAUUCAUAAAAACCUUCAUGAGCCUAUGUACAUUUUCAUUGCAGCUUUGCUGGUUAAUUGUGCUCUUUACACUACAAGUGUUUUCCCUAAAUUUCUGAUUGACUUUUUAUCUGAAAAACAGAUUAUAUCAUAUUCAGCAUGUAUUUUUCAGUAUUUUGUAUUUUACACUCUAGCUUGCUCAGAGUUCUUUCUCUUGGCAGUCAUGGCCUUUGACAGAUAUGUGGCUAUAUGCAAACCUCUGCAAUAUCCAACCAUCAUGAGCAAAACCACUGUGAGUAUUUUCCUAGUUAUAGCUUGGGUUGUACCUGCUUCUCAUAUUGCAGUGCCAGCAGUACUAACUGCUGAAGCUAAACUGUGUGACUUUAAUGUAAAAGCAAUCUUUUGUAGCAAUGCAAUAUACACUCUUCAGUGCUUAAAAUCACAAUUUUUUGUUGUAUUUGGUUUGGUUGGUUUAGUAGAUCUCGUAAUGCUUCCUCUGAUCUUCAUAGUUUUCACAUAUACAAAAAUAUUUAUAGUCUCUUAUCAAAGUUGUAAAGAAAUUAGGAAGAAAGCUACAGAGACUUGUUUACCUCACCUGUCAGUUUUAAUCAGCUUUUCCUGUUUAGGUCUUUAUGAUGUAAUCGGAGCUCGAGUGGAAUCAGAUUUUUCAAAAACUACACGCUUAAUGAUGACAUUACAAGCAGUUUUAUAUCAUCCUUUGUUUAACCCAUUCAUAUAUGGGCUCAAAAUGAAGGAAAUUUCCAAACAUUUAAAAAGGUUGCUUUGUCAGGCCAAAAUUGUUUCAUAUACUAAUACUGAAUGCUAA